CACCCAGCUCGCCACGCAAUGUGCCCUUCAGCACCGCGGAUAUAAGGAGCAGUCGAGCUCAAAGGCUCAGAGCUUCUGGUCGCUGGAAGAAAGGGUACUUACUACAGCUUGUCCGUCGUGAGUCGGUCUGAUUUGCGCUCCCCAAUGCCUUCCCGCGGGAAGCUGGUGGCGGCUGUCCUGGCGCUUGGCCUCUUGCUGGUGCCACCCGGUCACGCCUGGUACAAGCAGUCAGCCGGACCCAGCUACUAUUCCGUGGGCCGGGCGUCGGGGCUGCUGUCUGGCAUCCGCCGCUCUCCAUAUGCCAGGCGCUCCGACCCGGUGCAGGACGGCGGAGACACUGGGAGCAGCGCCUUUCCUGAGCCUCGAACCAGCCUUCGGAGCCUCGCGGUAUGUGUGAAGGACAUCACCCCGAAUCUGCAGAGCUGCGAGCUGCUUCCAGAUGGGCUCGGGACUUUCCGGUGCAAGGCAGAUGUUUUCCUGUCUCUGGACUCGGCGGACUGUCUCAGUACCUGACGUUUCCUGUCCCCGGCAGACCCUGGGAUGGAAAUGGAGAGCUGAAGCCUCGACGUCCCAGCCCACCUCCUAUCCCUUCUCACCGAAAAAUGAAUAAAGUGAACAAAUGAGACCA